UCACUAAUUAUGGUGGAUUCUUGAGCUCAGCUUCUACUCCAACACAAGAUCCUUAGCUUCAUUCCUACAACAACUGCGCUUUUAUCAGAUCUCUUUAAGUUUUAUGUGUUUUGGUUUCUCAGAGCUCUGUUUCUCUCCCUUUGGAGUGUCAGUUAAUAGCUCUGCUCUUGAAGGUAUCAGCUGGUUCAAAACCCAACUCGACUCUCAGCACCUUUACAAAAUCCAAACUUGGCGUCCUUUUCCCUCCCCCUCCCCCUUCCCCACUUCCACUUCUCUUCAGCUUCUUGUGUUUAUUGGCUGGUUUUAAACCGUAGAACAAAAUUCAAGUGGUCUUGCAGAAAUUUUUUCAUAUUUCCUACAAGAAGUUUUCUUUUCUUUUAAUUGUUCUUUCUAUAUAUGCAUUUUCGUCCACCAUGCACCAUCUGAGAUGUGGGUAUCGUCCUGCUUUGAAGUUCAGAGUCUGUUUGUCACUUGUUUUCCUUGCCUAGCUCAGCUUUAGCGUCCGACCUUACUUCAGUUAUCUUUAACUUGUUGCUCACUUACUUGCUGCCGAAUCAAUAAGUAGAUUUGAGACCAUCUUCUCUGGCUGUUAGAGGUAUACUUUGGCGGUAAUCCAAGGACAGAGACGAGAAGGGCUAGGUCUUGUUUGGAUAUAAGUUGUAAGUUAAACCCACUUUGGUGCCUACUUGGUUUCCACGCUGCAGUGAAGCUGUUUUGGAGUUGGAGGUGGGUUUCAGGGAUUAUUAUGGGGUGUGUAUCUCUGGUGUUUGGGGUGGUUUCCUUGUUAUCUUUGGUUGUGUCAGUAAGUGGUAUUGGUGCUAACUGGGGUACACAGUCAACCCACCCUUUGCCGCCUGAAACGGUUGUGAGGCUGCUCAGGGAUAAUGGAUUUCAGAAGGUGAAGCUCUUUGAUGCAGAUUCAGGGGCACUGAAAGCUCUUGGUAAGAGUGGGAUUGAGGUGAUGGUGGGGAUACCCAAUGACAUGCUGGCCACUAUUGCUGGCAGUAUGAAGGCAGCUGAGAAAUGGGUGUCCAAGAAUAUCUCUUCCCCCAUCUCCAACUAUGGUGUAAACAUCAGGUAUGUUGCAGUUGGAAAUGAACCUUUCCUACAGACAUACAAUGGCAGCUUCCUUACAACAACCUUCCCUGCUCUCCAAAACAUCCAGUCAGCCCUCAUAAAAGCUGGCCUGAGCAACCAGGUGAAGGCCACUGUCCCUCUGAAUGCUGAUGUAUACCAAAGCUCAACUGGGGCGCCCUCAGGUGGGGAUUUCCGGACUGAUAUCCAUGACCUGAUGCUCACCAUUGUGAAGUUCUUGAGUGAUAAUGGAGGUCCUUUCACUGUCAACAUCUACCCCUUCUUGGGCCUCUAUACGGACUCUGCCUUCCCUGUGGACUAUGCCUUCUUCGACAGCGACUCUGCCCGUGUAAAUGAUAAUGGGAAUGCCUACUACAACAUGUUCGAUGCAAACCUUGACACCCUUGUAUGGGCCCUGCAGAAGAAUGGGUAUGGUAAUUUACCCGUCGUAGUUGGAGAAAUUGGCUGGCCUACUGAUGGAGACAAGAAUGCAAACCUGGGAUAUGCCCAGAAGUUCAACCAGGGAUUCAUGGAUCACAUAUCAGCUGGAAAAGGGACACCAAUGAGACCAGGGCCUGUUGACGCCUACCUAUUUAGCUUGAUUGAUGAGGAUGCCAAGAGCAUCGCACCAGGCAAUUUUGAGCGGCAUUGGGGAAUAUUUUACUAUGAUGGGUUGCCUAAGUACCAGAUUAAUCUUAGGACGACAAACUCUGGAGCCUUGGUUCCUGCUAAGAACGUCCAGUAUCUGGAAAAGAAGUGGUGUGUUAUGUCACCCUCGGUCAGCCUCGAUGAUCCACAAGUGGCGCCCAGUGUGAGCUAUGCAUGCUCAUUAGGUGACUGCACUAGCCUUGGCUAUGGAACUUCAUGUGCAGAAUUGGAUGCACGCGGGAACAUUUCAUAUGCAUUUAACAACUAUUACCAGAAGAAUAAUCAGCUUGAAGGUGCCUGCAAAUUUCCAAAUCAACUUUCAAUGAUCACAAAAGCAGAUCCAUCAACAGGAAAUUGUAAAUUUGCGACCAUGAUCCAACCUUAUACUGGAGGUAGUGAGCAGAGAACUGGGUGCCUCCGAAACAAGGUUAAUUUGGUUUUGUUUAUGUUCCUUGUUUUGUUGACAAUUCUGUGAUGUUUUAGCUUCCAAUUUAUGAGGAAUUUCACUUUCUUGAUUC